AUGGACCCCGGGCCCGGGUGUUACACGGAGCUCUGCGCCCCGAGCCAUGCCAGGUCCAUGUCGAGCUCGAGGAGCCCACUGGUGAAGCCCUCCGAGGAGCUGAAAACCGUGUACCUGGUGCGGCAUGCCGAGUCCAUGGAGAACGUUCGUGUGCACGCCUUGGACCGGGCCUUCGGUCAGCUACGAACUUGGAAAGCGCCUACUUGCGAUGAUGUCUGCUCCUCGCUGAGGCUUCUCUGCUUCGACGUCGACACGCCACUGUCCGUGCGAGGGGAGAGGCAGCUCAAGGACGUCCAGGCCCAGCUUUCCGACUGCAGCUUCCUUCAGAAGGCGGAUCCCCAGCUCAUCGUCUUCAGCCCGCGGCGUCGGGCGGUGCGCACCUGGGAGGUCCUCUUCGGAAGCGAGGUGCCAAGCAAAGCGAUGCCGCAACUGGUGGAGCGGACACCCAUGGAGGGCCUCUGCCCGGCCCAGUUCCAGGAACGGGUGCAAGGCUUCAAGGACUGGCUUGCAAAAACGCCGGAGACGCGGAUCGUGGUCGUUGGGCAUUGCCAGUUCUUCGCUCGGCUGUUGGGCAGAGGAGCCGGAUUCGAUCGCUACCUGAGCAACGCGGAGGUGAAACGCUGCUACUUCGACCCGACAAGCGGCGCCUUCGACAUUCCCGUCUCCAUGUUCGUGCCACAGGAGAGCGACAGCAGUGGAGAAGACGCUUAG